AUAAAUGCAGUGUGCAUAUGUGACUGUUUCAGAUCAACUUUGUUCUUGCUUCAACAGUGUUUGAACGGAACGGAGUCUCUGCUGUGAGGUUUUGAGAAUUUUUUUUUCAAUUUGUUUUCAGAGUACCCUUGUUAACAACAAAUCACUGAAAUGGAGUCCCAGGUGCGCCAGAACUACCACCGUGACUGUGAAGCUGCCAUCAACCGUAUGAUCAACAUGGAGCUGUAUGCUUCCUAUGUUUACCUUUCCAUGCAUCAUUACUUUGAUCGAGAUGAUGUGGCACUCCAAAACUUUGCCAAGUUCUUCAAGAAACAGUCACAGGAAGAACGGGAACAUGCAGAGGGAUUCAUGAAGUUACAGAAUAAACGCGGUGGGCGCAUCUUCCUUCAGGACAUCAAGAGACCAGAAAGGGAUGAAUGGUCUAAUGGGCUCGAAGCCUUGACAUGUGCACUGGAGCUGGAGAAGACUGUGAACCAAGCACUUUUGGAUCUACACAACUUGGCUUCGGAAAAGGGUGACCCUCAUCUCUGUGACUUCCUGGAGUCCCAUUACUUGGAUGAACAAGUCGAGGCCAUCAAAACGCUAGGUGACUACAUCACCAACCUGAAGCGUGUAGGUUGCCCAAGUAACGGGCUGGGCGAGUACCUCUUCGACAAGCAUACCCUGGGAUGAGGCAGAUAAAUCCAUUUUUGAGAUUUGCCCUCUUCUGUCAAGGAAUGUUUCUGCAUGUAAUGCUGAUCUGUAUUUAAUAAGACUUGAUAAUAUGUCCAGUGCCCGGUGAACAUGUAACAUCCUUCAAUAAAAGGCCCUUAUAAUUCA